AUGCUCCUGCUCUCAGUGAGACUGCUUGGUAAACAGGAGUCUCUACUGCAGCUCAGCAGCCUCCAUGAGAGACCAGAGAGGAGGGAGGGGGGGAGAAGGUCCAGGUUCAAUCAUUAACUUUCCUCUGGUCCGAGACGCUGCUAAACCCUCACACACUCAUUAUUCUCUGGGAACAUGGAGGCCAUGAUGUUCCUGCUGGUGUGUGUUUCAUCUGCUGCUGCUCAGCUCUGUGCUCCAGAUUCUCCACACAGCUACAAAGUGCGGCUCAGCAUCAAAACGGCUCUGGGAGAUGACGCUUACGUCUGGAAUGACAGCGAGAUGUUCCUUUAAGCUAUGCUGGCUUUCGCCAUGAGGACAGCGGGCGACGGGCAGAAUUACAACGUGUCCAACAUCCUGGUUUGUGACGAGACGCCCCGAGUUUCCUUCUGGUUCGUCGUGACGUCUCCGCUCGACCAGACUCUGGUGGACCGAGGACAGGUGGAGGAGGCUGUGAGGAAGUCGAGGAACCGCAUCAACAGUGCCUUCCUGCUGACGGAUAAAACUCUGGAGUUCCUUGGUAUCCCCCCCACCCUGGCAUCCCCUGUGCCCCCCGACACCCCCCCGUGGCUGAUCGUGUUCGGGGUGGUGAUGGGGGCGGUGGGUGCCGGCAUCGUCCUGCUGCUGGUGACCUCAGUGCUGCAGAAGAGACGGAAGAAGAAGAAGGAUCAGACUGGAAUUGAGGAUGAUGAAGAAGAGCCUCGGGUGAAGGAGAACGGCGCUGCGAGCGACGGCGUUUACAACAGGUCCUUCUCAGACGACGAGCGACUCACACAGAUGUGAAAAUAUAUAUCUUCCAGGAUAUGGGGCGGCUCCAAUCUGCAGAAUCAUUUGAGAGGUGUAAUGUAACUCAUUCAGAUUAUUAGGGCGCCUCUCACAGGAUUAAAAAAGAACCUUCUGAUCAGAUCUCAAAAUAAAUGUCCACCUGUUUCCGUCUCUUCAUCUGGGAUUCAUGGGACAGUCUUUCAUGUUUCCAUGAUACAAAGUUAUUGAUCGAGUAAACGAGACAAUCGAUCCACUGGAAAAUCAUCAGACUCUUUUUAUUGACUAAAAAUUGAAGUAUUUUUCAACCGGAAAUGUCUUGAAUGAAUAUCUGUGUGUUUUUGACAAAAGACCACAAACACAUCAGCUCUGAGACACUGGGCUGCUGCAGGAUGACUGACAGUUCAAACAGCCAGUGAUCUGGAGAGUGAUCUUACCACUAUUAUUAUCAUGGUGAUGGCUGGCACAGGGAUAUGAAUUGUUAAUAAAUAUCAUUGCUGUUGGGUGUCUAAUAUCUGGUUUCCCUGUAAAAUGGUUAAUCGAAUAAAAAUUAAAAUUCGA